AUGUUGGGUUCAUUUGGUUCAUCAUCCCAUGAGGAGGAGGAACCAUCACCGCCCAAUAUCCACUACCACCACCACCACCACCACCAUAUUCAGCACCGGAGUUUUACACCGCCGUCAAUACACAUGCGCCAAUUACUCAUAAGUUGUGCUGAGUUGAUUUCCCGGUCUGAUCUUUCUGCUGCUCAUCGGCUCAUCUCUAUUUUAUCUACUAACUCUUCGCCUUUUGGUGAUUCCACUGAGAGAUUAGUCCACCAGUUCACUAAAGCCCUUUCGCUCCGGCUAAGCCGGUGUGCGGAGACUGCCGGUUCUUUCUUGAUCCCCAAUCCCAGUACCACUAAUCUUGUUAGUGCUGAAGCCACAAGUUCUUCAAAUGUUAACAUGGCUGAGUUUGGAUCAGAUGAAACCCUUGUUCAAUCCUCUUACUUGUUACUUAACCAAGUUACCCCAUUUAUUAGGUUCAGUCAGCUCACUGCAAAUCAAGCAAUCUUGGAAGCAACUGAAGGCCAACAAGCAAUACACAUCCUAGAUUUUGAUAUCAUGCACGGCGUGCAAUGGCCUCCAUUAAUGCAGGCCAUGGCAGAGCGUUUUCCACCACCGACGCUUAGGAUCACCGGCACCGGAAGUGAACUUGAAGUACUUCGAAGAACUGGUGACCGCCUCUCCAAGUUUGCUCUCUCAUUAGGCCUCAGAUUUCAGUUCCACCCUCUUAUCAUCCUCAAUAAUGAAGACCCCAUUUCAGUUGCCUCUGCGGUUCUUCUCCUUCCUGAUGAAACCCUAGCAGUCAACUGUGUGUACUAUCUUCACCGCCUUCUCAAGGACCAGGACCGCCUUCACCUUUUCUUACAUCGAAUUAAAGCCAUGAAACCCAAGGUUUUUACCAUGGCUGAAAGGGAAGCAAAUCAUAACCACCCAAUUUUCUUGCAGAGAUUUGUGGAGGCUUUAGAGCACUACGCGGCGGUUUUUGAUUCCCUUGAAGCCACCCUGCCACCUACUAGCCACGAGCGGCUCACGGUGGAACAGAUAUGGUUCGGAAGAGAAAUUGCUGAUAUCGUGGCGGCAGAAGGAGAAAGCAGAAAAGAAAGGCACGAAAGAUUCAGAUCAUGGAAAGUUAUAUUGAGAAGCUCAGAUUUCAACAAUGUUCCAUUGAGCCCCUUUGCACUUUCUCAAGCUAAGCUUCUCCUAAAAAUUCAUUACCCUUCUGAGGGAUAUCAGCUUCAUAUUCUCAAUGAUUCUUGCUUCUUAGGAUGGCAGAAUCAACUCCUUUUCUCAGUCUCGUCUUGGCACUAA